GGAGGUCAGUGCUCUGGAGUGUGAGAUCCAGCUGCUGAAAAACCUGCAUCACGAGCGCAUUGUUCAGUACUACGGAUGUCUGAGGGAUCACAAUGAGAAGACCCUCACUAUUUUCAUGGAGUACAUGCCGGGGGGUUCAGUCAAAGACCAGCUGAAGGCAUACGGGGCCCUGACGGAAAAUGUGACCCGUAAAUACACGAGACAGAUCCUGGAGGGGAUGUCCUAUCUGCACAGCAACAUGAUCGUACACAGGGACAUUAAAGGUGCCAACAUCCUGCGGGAUUCAGCGGGCAAUGUGAAGCUUGGAGAUUUUGGCGCCAGCAAGAGGCUUCAGACCAUCUGCAUCUCUGGCACCGGCAUCCGCUCAGUGACCGGCACCCCCUACUGGAUGAGUCCGGAGGUGAUCAGUGGAGAAGGCUACGGCAGGAAGGCCGACGUCUG